AUGUUACUGCUGCCUUGCCUGCCCAUUUCUGACAUCGUCCCUGGUGUUACGACUUGUCUUGUGGUGUCGGUAGUGAUCGCGCAGGCCUAUCUUCGUAGAUCAAAGAAUGGCCUUCUUCUCCCACCUUCCCCUCCCACUUGGAGACUUAUGGGACACUUCCUUCCCCCUCGCAAUCCAUUUCUGACUGUAGCAGAAUGGAUUGGCAAGUGCGGUCCUCUUAUCACGAUUCGCGCAGGAACUGAGAAGAUCGUUAUUAUCGGCCGCUACAAAGCAGCAGUGGACAUUAUGGAGAAGCAGGGCGGAGUGUUGGCUGAUCGUCCUCCCAUGAAUGCUGCGCAAAUGAUUACCGGCGAAUUGGCCAUCGGUCUUGCACGCAUUGGGGACAGGUUCCGUCGGAUGCGUAGAGCAGUUCAUACCCAUCUCCAGCCUAAGGCAGCCGAGGCGUAUCAGCCUCUGCAGAUGUCAUUUGCGAAGAACACGGUCCUUAACAUUCUUGAUGAUCCAUCCAACUUCCAAAACCACGUUUUAAGUUUUGCUGUGACGACGGUUUUGAAAGUGGCAUAUGGAAAGGAUACGCCCACGUCUGCGGCUGAUCCCGAUGUCAGAGCGAUUCAUCAGUACAUGGCUGUAUUUCGGACAGUCCUGCGUCCUGGCGCUUACUGGGUGGAUACGAUCUCCUGGCUCAAAUACCUUCCUUGGUACGGCAGAAAACUAAAAAGGGAGUUCGAGAGCAGCCGGAAAGUCUAUUCUAGUCAAAUGAACCGCUUGAAACAACAAUUAAAUACUGUGGACGUUGGUCCUUCGUUCGGGAGAUAUGUGCUGGAAAAUGAACAUCUCCUGGGCUUGUCAGAGUUGGAGGCACUUUUUCUUCCUGGCACCUUUUUUGCGGCUGGAAGCGAAUCGACCGCUUCGACAAUAUGCACGGUGCUAAUGGCAGCUGCAUGUUUUCCCGAGGAGCAAGCUAAAGUUCAGGCUGAGCUUGAUGAGGUCGUAGGGAGGCACCAGGCACCGACCUUCGCUGAUCAAAAAUCCCUUCCUCUCCUGCACGCCUUCAUCUCCGAGACUUUCAGAUGGAGACCGGUGACUCCUAAUGGGUUUCCUCACCGAACAACUCAAGACGUAAUUUGGGAAAACUAUUGCAUCCCCGCCGGAACUACAGUACUCGGUAGCAAUUGGGCCAUCUCGCGAGAUUCGGACGUUUACCCUGAUCCUGAUGUGUUCAAACCUCAGCGUUGGAUGAAUGAUCAAGGUGGCUUGAGAGACGAUCUCACAUUCUUUUUCUUUGGGUUUGGUCGACGCGUAUGCCCCGGUCAACACCUCGCGAACAGAUCGGUGUGGAUCAACUCGGUCCUUCUGUUCUGGGCCUUCCGGCUCACUCUAGAUCCUACGAAACCGUUGGAUGACAUGGGAUUCAUGCGUGGGGAAACACCCUAUGUCCCUUGCCCUAUUGUGUUUACACCGAGGGUUCCAGACGCGGAGCUCAGGCACAUCAUGCAUAUUUAUCCCGAGGUCAACCCGAAAUGA